UUUUGUCUUUAAUAAUAUAAUCUUUGGAUAGGUACUGUCAUUCCUCCUAUAAAAAAAGGGAAACUGCUCCCUCCAAAAUGGGUUGAAAAUUGCUUUAAAAAUAUGUAGAGCACUGAAAACCACAUCUGCAUCUCUAAUAAUCAAAUACAGGCAUUAGAAACAACGAUGCAAAAUGUUAUAUAAACAUCAUUGUGUUCACUAAGAAAUUCAAUCUGGGUAGCAUAAUCCACUGGGCAGAGCUCCUGUCACCAGGUGCCACAUCAAGUUCCUGGCACGCAGGGACUGACAGUCCUUACCCUGGAUCUUAGUGGACUGGGAAAGACUUGGCCACAGGGCAUCACUUUGCAGACACUGGGCUUUUUUGUUUCACCUUUCAGCUCUUGCAGGUUUAUAGGCACAACUUUGGGAACCUGGAGGAUGUACUGGGGGCAAAAAAAGUAAAGAAAAAAAAGGCACUACAGGGAAAUUACCAGCAAUUCUUGUCCCAGUUGCAGGAAACCUCCAAAAUACAAGCUGUGAAUUACUAGAAUCUGUAAAUACACAGGAAUGGAACCAAACUUUUUGAUGUGUCUCGUUAAUGUCACUUUGAUGGCUUUAUUUGGUAGAUCAUACAAGCGCAUGCCUCAUAUAAAGAUUAUAACAUUUCCAUUUUAUUGGUAUAAAUUGUCUUGGCGCUGUUUAUAGCUUACUCAAGCAGAGACACAAAAAGGGAAGCACAGACAUUAAGUCAUCUGAUGUCGGCUCCACAAAAAGCUUCUGCUGUUUCUCUCUCCCUUUUCUGCCAGGGCUUGUUUUCUUUCAGCAAUGUGCUUAUGAUGGAAAACCAGUGGGGUUUCAGUUGCCAGAGCUGCAAGCUCAACUUGGACAUACUGCUCACAACAAACAGAGCUUUAGCAUUUCACCCUCAGUACAAAAAGAAUGAGAAAGAGCUUUCAAAUGAAUUAUAUUCCCCCACAUUUUUGCAUCCAUUUAAUGUUUAAUUAGUGUCUGAAAAGGUGUAGUGGCAAAAUCAGCCAACAGCAAGGUCGGCCUCCAACUGCAGCCUCAUCUGUGGAGUGUAAAUAACAACCUGGAAGGGUCUCAGCUGAUGAAUUGUGCCUAUUCUUCACAAGCAACACGUCCUCAGCGAUCAUUUCCUCUGUCAUGUGAGUCACAAUACCUGCAAAGAUGCUAGAAAUGAGCUCUCUAAGUGUGUUACGGUUUGUCUUGUUUGAGCUUUGCCUGUGGCCCAUUAACAGUCCCUUGGAGUUGUCAAAGGAGCAAUGCCAAUUUACAUUAGUUUGGAACAGUUUAUAUAAACGGGUUAAUCUAACACUCUGAAUCGCGUGCUUUGAAUUCUAACAGCAACUUGGUCUUUGCUCACUGAUCUGCUCUUUGAGACAGACCUCAUAGGAAACCAAACAGCACAGCCAAAGCCUCUUUUAUUAACUGAGCUUAUACAUUAUUUUGUCAUUUAUAAAAAGAAGUGUUUUCUAAUGUGCUGUGAAUUAAUAUAAGUGAUCACAUAUUGCUAAUGACAACAUUUCACAGAUCCGACUGCAUUUAAAAUGUUGACUUUUGCUUUGUUUGGAGAGAAGAAAAAACAGGGUUUACGUUUAAAUUUCUACAGCCAUCAGGCUGGGGAGCAGCCCAGUAGAAAAGGACCUGGGGGUGCUGGCUGACAGCCGAACUUGAGCCUGCAUGUGCCCAGGUGGCCAAGGGCAACCUGGCUUGUAGCAGCAAUAGUGUGGCCAGCAAGACUAGUGCAGUGCUGGCCACUGCUGAGGCCAGACCUUGAGUCCUGGUUUCAGUUUUGGGCCCCUCACAACAAGAGAGGCAUUGAGGCGCUGGAGCGUGUCCAGAGAAGGGAACGAAGCUGGGGAAGGGUCUGGAGCACAAGUCUGAUGAGGAGCAGCUGAGGGAGCUGGGGGGGUUCAGCCUGGAGAAAAGGAGGCUCGGGGGGACUUUAUCAGGGUUAGAGGGGAAGCUGAACAAGGGAUGGCUGAGGUCACUCCUUUUGUUCAGCCUGGAGGAGACCAAGGGGAACCCUCAUCACCAUCUGCAGGUUCCUCAUGAGGGGCAGAGGAGGGGCAGGGACUGUUCUCUCUCCCUGGUGACCAGCGACAGGAAUGAGGGAGUGGCAUGAAGCCAUGCCAUGGGGAUUUAGAUUGGAUAUGAGGGAAAAUUCCUCCACGGAAAGGGUUGUCCAGCCCUGGCAGAGGCUGCCCAGGGCAGCAGCGGAGUUACCAUCCCUAGAGGGAUUUAAGAGUGUGGAUAUGGCACUUGGGGACACGGUUUAGCCGUAGCCUUGGCCAUGAUGGGUUAACGUCGGUCUCGAUGAUCUCAGAGGGCUUUUCCCACCUCAAUAAUUCUAUGAAACAACAGGCGGCGAGGGGGGGAAGGUGGGGGGGAGCUGAGCGCUGCUUCUUUAUCACCGGACUCGCUGCAGCGGCAACACCGAGGGAUCCCGAGGACUCGCUGAGUCCUCCCGGCUCCCGCGGGCGGCGGGGCGGAGCGGAGGGGCCCGGCCCGGGCGGAGCGGAGCCUGUCCCGGCCCGGCCGGGCCGCGCCGCUCCCGCCCCGCCAUGGCCGCCAUGGCCGAGCCGCCGCCGCCGUCCGGCGCCCCCCCGGCGCCCCCCGCCCGCCGCCGCCUUCGCCUGGGGCUGCUGCCCGCGGCCGAGCCGGUGAUGUUCCUGGCCACCGUGUCCGUGGUGCUGCAGGGCCCGCUCACCACCCAGUACCUGUGGGACCGGCUGGGCGCCGAGCGCGGCUACCACGGCCACAACAGCAGCGGCUCCGCCGGCUGCGGGAACAGCAGCGCUGCCGCCGACCCGCUGCGGCAGGAGGUGGAAGCCCUGGUCUCCCACUGGAACCUCUACAUCAACUUGGGGGGUUUCUUUGUCUGUCUCUUCUCCGUGACUCUGUUUGGACCAUGGAGCGACAGCGUGGGCCGCCGUCCAGCGCUCAUCCUGUCAACAGCGGGCAUAGCCCUGCAAACGUCCAUCUACCUGCUGGUCAUAUACCUGGAGCUGCACGUCGCCUACUUGCUCCUGGGACGCCUUCUGAGUGGCCUGUCAGGAGACUACAACCUGGUCCUGGCCAGCUGCUUUGCCUACGUGGCCGAGACCAGUGACAGGCGUGCGCGGACGUUCCGGGUGGCCAUCCUCGAGGCGUGCCUGGGCAUCGCGGGCAUGCUGGCCAGCAUCGGUGGUGGCCAGUGGCGCAAGGCCCAGGGCUACGUCAAUCCCUUCUGGCUGGCCUUUGCUGCCUCUCUUGCUGCCACUCUCUAUGCUGCUUUCUGCCUUCGGGAGUCAGUGAAGCAGAGGAGACCAGCCAGGCUGUUCACACUCAGCCAUUACAAGGCUGUGUACAGGCUGUACAUGGCCCCAGAGCACCCGAGCUCCAGGUGGAAGCUCGCUCUUUACUCUCUGGCUUUUUUCCUUCUUGUCACAGUGCAUUUUGGAGCCAAGGACCUCUUUGUUUUGUAUGAGCUUGGCUUUCCUCUCUGCUGGGCUUCUGACCUCAUCGGGUACGGCUCCGCCGCCAACUACCUGGCUUACCUGAGCAGCCUGGCAGGGCUGCGGCUGCUGCAGCUCUGCCUUGAAGACAGCUGGGUGGCAGAGAUAGCAUUGAUCUCAAACAUUGCCGGACUGGUUGUGAUUUCUCUCGCUACCACAACAGCACUGAUGUUUACAGGUUAUGGGAUUCUGUUCCUUUCCAUGGCAGCCACUCCAGUCAUCAGAUCCAAGCUCUCCAAGCUAGUCAGCGAGACGGAACAGGGUGCUCUCUUUGCUUCUGUUGCCUGCGUGCAAGGGCUGUGUUCCCUCGUGGCUACAGGAGUGUUCAACUCUCUCUACCCUGUGACCUUGCACUUCAUGAGAGGAUUCCCAUUUCUCUUUGGGGCUAUAAUCCUUCUUAUUCCGGCAGCUAUCAUUGGGUGGAUUCAAAUCUGGGACUCAAAACAUGACUACAAUAACUUCCAAGAUCCCCCAUCCCCUGCAAAAGACUGAGCAGCAACUUAGCAACAAGGAAUUGGCCAGCACAGCAGUGUCCACCUGAAGACUGCUCUUUACUCUUCCCUCAAUGGACAGAUUAGUGUGGGAGGGACACCCUCCUUGCCCCUACUAACUUUUAAAUGCCAGGUAGCUGGAAAUCCUGGCUCUGACUACAGGAGGAACCUGAUUUGCAGAUGUGAAUGUCUCCUCAACAUUUGUUGGCUCAUCUGUGAGAGAAAACCCGAGAGACCCAAAAGCCAACCAAGCUGUUGUGGGCCAUUUGCAAGGCUGGUUGGUGGUUUGGGGUUUGGAGAAGGCACCAUGACAUGCUUUUAAGGGGGAGAGAGGACUGAGUUCUGGUUUAAUUGCCAAACACAUUCCCCUCUGAGUACUGCAGUGUGUAGCAGGUGAGCUUUUGGUGUGGGUGAGGCAUGGACUGAAGCCUGCAGAGCCAGACUGAAGCAGAGGUACCCAAUAGUGUACUGCUGAGGAGGAAGAUCCAUGAUCUGGAUCAGCAUGUUGCCUGUAAAAAUCCUACAAGUGUCACAUGCCAGACCAAGCUCCCACAGAAAUCCUUGUGGAGAGGGCUAGUUUAGCACAAGAGUGCUAUUGCUGUCCUUAUUGACUGAACUAGCUUCAGUUUUGCAAGUUAGAGGUGUCCUAGGAAGAGGAUCUAACUCAUUAAGCGUUUGUAGGAGUGCCAGUUGCAUGUCCUGCCUGUUUGCAGCUCAGCCCAGGAUCUCAAAGGUGCUUUUAAAAAGUAACAGAUCGUCUGAGAAUACUACAGCGCAAACAGAAUAUAUCCUGAGUUGGAAGGAGCCCACAAGGAUCAUCAAAGCAACUCCUAUUGGUGCCUUAAUUGACAGUUGCCAAAAUUGAUGGAUUUGAGGCUAAAAUUGCCAAACUGGCCCCCCCUAAGUGAAGCCCCUUACACUGUAGGUGUGCCCUAGUGUAUUGGGAAAUCACUGCUGUGCUUAUGGCAGAGUCCUUCCUCACCAAUACACUGUGCUGUAGUGAUGAGCUGGUGUGGGACUAGUGUCUUUAAGGUUAAUUUUUUGUUGUUGUAUGGGGCACAACUUUAUGUUGGUGACCUCAGUUCUGCUGCCUCUCUCAGGAUCUGUUGAUGCCAGGAAGUAAAUCUCAUGUUCAUGGUGCUUACAAUUGUUCCUUUCAAAGCACUGCCUGUAUUGCCACAAUCCUGUUUUCUUCCAAGUGCCAUAAACCAGCAGUUUUGUGUACACUGCACUGCGCACACUGUUCAAGUACCUGCAAUAAUGUCAUUACUAUUACUAUCAAAAUGAAUAAAACCUCCAUUCUCUUUUAUGGCUCAUAAAAUGA